AUAGUUCGAUAGGAAAGUCUUUUAUUCGCUAAUGGAUUACAGACUUUUUCUCGGACGAAUGAAAUGGGAACUUUCUAACUGUCGUUGAUUCCCACACAGCGCAACCAAUUAGGCAUUUAAUUAUUACUUUUGUUACACAUCGUAUUCUCGACAUCCUUAACGUGCUUCUUCAAAAGCAGAAUUUGUUUAUCACUGAUAUAUAAGGUGUGAUAUAUAUCAGUGUUAUUUAUCACAUUUAGUGAUCCAGGGUAAUUUCUCCUUGGCCUGAGGCAUGUGAUGUGGUUUGUAAUGAUGUCUCUGGUCGUUUUUGACCUGUGGUCACUAGAUCUUCGAUGAAUGGGCCAUUUAGCCUGAGUGCACAUCGACGUCAAAACGACGUCCGUUGCGUGGUAUCCUUCGAAGAAAUAUAUGUACUUAUGUAUGUAUUAUUGUAUACUGAAGUGACGCGCGUUUUUAGUGUGAGCUCUUCAACAUAAGUACAUAUAAUUCUAUACAGAUGUUACGGAACGGACGUCGAUUCGACGCUCGUGUUGUUUCGUCCGUAGAAACUUGGGAUUGAUGACUUUUGUGGAUGCUAUUGCUGAUAACAAAAUUUGAACGAAAAGAUACAUACAGAUGAGACUAAUCGAAGCGACACAUAAAAAAUAGUUUCCUUAAAAAUAGCUUUGCUGGCCCGUAUGUCAAAAAUCAUAUCGGUCGUUGGCACACCAAAGGUUUUUAGUUGUGCGUGCCUUUGGUUGCUACAAAUUUAAGAAUUUAUAUAAAUUGAACUGACACAAACAAGUGGACGUGACAAAUGGUAUCAAUUUAUAUGGACUACGUGAUCAUUUAACACAUUGCAUACAAUACAAUACAUACAAUUGCACACAUGUGUAGUGCAAUAUAUUAAUACGAAUCAUGAAAUUACAUCUUUGUGAUUAUAUACAUUACUUUGCAUUUAUUCGAAAAAUAAAAUUAAAAUGCUAAGUAUGUUACUUUUGUAAAAAUGCACAUAAAUUAACUAAUUCAUAAGAAAGAAAUCUGUGUAGUAGUAAAGCAAAGGUUAAAAAUAUAUGCACGAUACGAUUAUAUUGUGACAAUUUCCUGUACCAUAUCAGUACAGCAUCCGGAAUUAAAGAUUUCUAAUUGGAACAUGGAAAUUCUUAUACGUUGCUAGAUUCAGAUAAAUAGGAUUUGAAUACUGAUCAAUUCAAUUCAAAAUGGAAGAGGAUGAUGAAGAAAUUUCUAUACCAUGGAUACAAAAAGAUAGAAAUAAUACAUCUGAAGCAAGUCUUUAUCGGUCGAUACCAAGUAAUUUAAAUGCAGGAUCUAUACAAACUUUGUAUCAAAGUGUUCAUAAUAUCUCAUCAUUAAAUAAUGCUACAAAUAUGAGUAUGAAUAGUAUGCAUAGCGCAAUCUCCCUACAAGAUAUUGAGCGAUCAUAUAAUGAUGAUUUAUCAACCCUUAAUAAUGGGACAACAAUUGAUGGUAGUUGUACAGAUUUAAGGAAUAGUAGAAGAAGUUCAAAAUCGAUUUCAAAAUGUGGAACAGCUUUUAGUUUAUAUUUUCGUGACGAAGUUCGUACAAUUGAUUUUGUAAUUGUUUGGGAUGAGUACAAUGUGGAAGCUCAAACAUAUCGCUGUACUGAAUAUAGACGUGUAUUUGAAAAGAAUUUGGAGAAGGAAGGUUUACAGUUAGAAUAUGAACAGGCAGAACCGAACGGUCUUCAUUUUAUAAAAAUUCAUGCACCACGAGAAGUACUAAGACGGUAUGCUGAAAUAUUAAAACUUAGAUUGCCAAUGAAGGAAUUACCUACCGUGUUAAUUCCUGAAAAUCGUAGUAACGCAUUAAUUAAAGAAGUCAAUUCGUUAUUCAAGAGAAUUAUGAAAAAAUAUUAUGUAGACCAAACAAUAUUUCCAACUAUGAGACAUAAUUUUACGGCUGUUUAUAGCCGCGAUAAAGAGUACUUGUUCUGUUUGGACUCGCCAAACUUUUUUACUGCCGCAACACGUGCUAGAAUUGUACAGUUCAUUUUAGAUAGAACCAGAUUUACAGAAACCAAGGAUGAUGAUUUUGCAUUUGGGAUAGAAAGGUUGAUUUCGGAAAAAGCAUACAUAGCCGCAUAUCCUCUUCACGAUGGUGAUUUACAAGCACCAGAUUCUAUGAGGUAUCUUUUGUACAAAGAAUGGGCAUGUUUAAAAAAAUGUCUUCACUAUCAACCAUUGGAUUAUAUCAAAGAAUAUUUUGGAGUAAAAAUUGGACUUUACUUUGCUUGGCUCGGAUUUUAUACACAUAUGCUGAUACCUGCUAGUAUUGUAGGCCUUUUAUGCUUCAUAUACAGUUGCGCGACUUUGUAUUCUAACGAACCAAGCGAAGAUGUUUGUAAUGGUAAGGGUAUCAUUCAAAUGUGUCCCUUAUGUGAUCAUUUUUGUGGAUAUUGGAAUUUAAAGGAAACAUGCUUACACGCAAGAAUUACGUAUUUGUUUGAUAAUCCAUCAACCGUGUUUUUUUCUAUAUUUAUGUCAUUAUGGGCUACAUUGUUUUUGGAAUUGUGGAAGAGGUAUUCAGCAGAAAUAACUCACAGAUGGGAUUUAACUGGUUUAGAUGCUCAAGAGGAACAUCCUCGUCCUCAGUACUUAGCACGUUUAGCACAUAUAAAAAAGAAAUCGCUCAAUAUUAUUACAAAUACGGAAGAACCGAAAGUUCCCUUUUGGAAAAUGAGAGUUCCCGCUACGAUUCUCAGUUUUUCCGUCGUUUUGUUGCUGAUUGCAAUAGCAAUGGCAGCAGUGUUAGGUGUUGUUUUAUAUAGAAUGUCUGUUUUAACCGCCUUAAGUGUUUAUGGACAUCCUAUGGUAACAAGUUAUGCAAUAUUAUUUACAACAGCUACUGCAGCUAGCAUUAAUUUGUGCUGCAUUAUAGUAUUUAAUUGGGUCUAUGUUUGGCUAGCUGAAUAUUUAACCGAGAUUGAACUGCUCCGAACUCAAACUGAAUUUGAUGAUAGUUUAACAUUAAAAAUAUAUUUACUCGAAUUUGUUAAUUACUAUGCUUCCAUAUUUUAUAUAGCAUUUUUUAAAGGAAAAUUCGUUGGUUAUCCGGGAAAUUAUAAUCGCUUUUUCGAAUAUCGACAAGAAGAAUGUGGCCCUGGUGGCUGCCUUAUGGAAUUAUGCAUACAGUUAAGCAUUAUCAUGAUUGGCAAGCAGGCUAUGAAUACAAUAUUAGAAAUGUUGUUUCCACUAUUUUACAAAUGGUUAAAUACUUUAAAAGUACAUGUUGGGAUGAAGACAAAAGAUGGGCAGAAAAAAGUUACUACUCGGAAAUAUCUUCAAUGGAUUAAGGAUUAUAAAUUGGUGGAAUGGGGUCCAAGAAGUUUAUUUCCUGAGUAUUUAGAAAUGGGUAGCGGUAUUAUAUUUUUAAAACUAGAUAUAUGUAUUUAUAUUGCCUAUUUAAAUUUUAAUAUCUUACAUAUUACAGUGUUACAAUAUGGAUUUGUUACUAUCUUUGUUGCUGCAUUUCCGUUAGCACCAUUUUUUGCACUGUUGAAUAACGUUUUUGAAAUGAGAUUAGAUGCCAAAAAGUUAUUGACAAUGUACAGAAGGCCAGUUGGACAACGUGUUACAGAUAUAGGCAUAUGGUUUCGUAUUCUUGAUUCUAUUUCUAAGUUAUCAGUUAUAACUAAUGCGUUCAUUAUAGCUUUUACUUCUAAUUUUAUACCAAGACUAGUUUAUCGAAUAACUGUCUCUGAUAAUUAUUCUCUGAAAGGAUUUCUAGAUCAUUCUCUCUCCAAAUUUAAUACAAGUGACUUAAAAAAUGGUACUGAACCAUUUUUACCUUCUCACAAGCAGGUUGAAAUAUGUAGAUAUCCAGAUUAUAGAGAACCUCCUGAAUCGCCAAACAAAUAUCAAUAUACAAUUAUGUUUUGGCACGUACUUGCAGCGAGAUUAGCUUUUAUUGUUGUAUUUGAGAAUGUUGUUGCUUUGGUCAUGAUAUUCGUGCGAUGGUGUAUCCCCGAUAUCCAUCCAAAGUUAAGGGAUAAAAUUCGACGCGAGACGUAUAUAACUAAUGAAAUAAUUAUUCAGCAAGAAGCACUUCGUGCUCGUGAAAGAUCCGCUAAUGAUGUAGAAACAAAUCAACAUAUUACAUUAAAUGAAAACACGAAUCGAUGGAGCAGAGUCAUGAGAAAUAGUUUAUCUAAUUCUGAAUUUGAUUUAGAAGUUCAUGGAAGUCCUGUAUCACCGACUAGUACACAUUCACGAGCUGGUCCUGCCGCGUUAUAACCAUUUUGCAGACCAAAUUAACGAAAUCAAUAGAAAGUUAUAACUGUGUUGCUAGUCACACCUACAUAUAUUGGUUUCAUUAAUCUGAUUUCCAAAUGAAUGUGUUUGAAGAAAUUAUUUAAUAGAAAUAUAUAAAAAGUAUAACUAAUAUUAAUAAUAAAGAAAAAUAA